UCCUUUGGUUGACGCAAGUCACUCAAAUAGAACCCGUUGUGAGCGUAUGGGUGAAUUUGUUCGGACAGCGACAAAGGCGGUGGAGUUGCAUAUUGCUUUGGUGCGUCUGGAAACACUCAAUUCCUCCCUGGUUGAGCUUUCACAAUCUGUUGACCUGAUGGUGGAACAGGAAUUUGCAAAUGUCUCCACUGGUGCUACUAGUUUGAUCAACGCCUUUAUUAACCCACUUUAUGGACGACUCCCCGCAAGUGUUAAUAAAACAAAAAUGAGUUCUGUUCGUGGAAUUUGUGAGGGGUUAAGACAGGGUCUUUCUCUUGUAUCUCGAACCAACACUCUACUGUCUAGUGAAUUUCAUGAUCUGGUGCCUAUUCCUAGAAAUUCUCAAAAACUUUCAUUGAUUGUCAUCUCUGUACUUAUUGCUGCAAGUCAUAUAGUGAAUUCUGGUCUUCUUCUCUUAUCCCAAUCUGAUCUUACUCGGUAUACUCACGCAGAACUCUGGGAGAUUACUCGAGGAAUUGAAGAGCUUAGCAUGCUAACUGAACGAGUCCAGGAACAGUUAGAUGAAAAGAAGCAACUCCACCUUCGUCAGCUUCUUCUGAACGGUCGCCUCUUUGCCAGUACCUCUAAACAAUUAGAGCAAAAGCUUUCUGAAUUAUCCCUUCUUACUGAUCCGAUAGAUAGCUUACGACCAGCUUCGGUUGGGCAUAUCAUCUAUCUCCUGGCUCGUUAUCGCUCAACAACUUUGGCUACUUUCCACGUGCUCGACCUUUUGAAAGCUUUAAGAAGCUCUAGUGGGAUAAUCGACUUUCUUAACGAAGUCGUUAGAAAGGAAUAUGAGUUCUGUUCAAACUUUCUCGAUGUCAUGACACAAUCCACCGAACUUCUGAGGAAUCUUAAAAAAGUGCAGGAAUCUGUUGACGGACAUCCUAAAAGCAUUCUACACAAGACUGAUUUAGUAAGCUCUGUUCAACGUCUUAACCUCAAGGCCCAUAGGAAACCUGUGUGCAUUGCAAAAACAGUCUCCAUUGAUAAAUUUAUUUCCACUUUCCCUGAAAGGACCUCUAAGCGGGUCACAGCCACCACGCCGAUUGAGGAAGGUGAUGAAGAGGGUGGAGAAAAACUGCAGAAGAAAAUUGUCCAAUGGAGUGAUUAUUAUGAGGUUACGUUAAGACAUCAGGUUGUUGGACGAUAUUUACAGCUCACAUGGAUUGGCUUAAGCGAAGAAUUCGAUUCCUUACUUCAGCUUAUUGUUCCAACAGACUUGAAUAUACCAGCAAAGAUACUUCCUCCUUGGCCAUUGUUGAACAAACAAGAACUUCACCAACUGACCUGCAGACUUCAGGAGCUUGAAACACAAGGGCUUCCAGAAAAGUGGAUAAUUGAAGAAGACAAUUGUGACGUUUUCCGCACACCAAUUUGUGGCUUUCUCAGGGAUUUACUUUCUGAAAUUCUCAACAUUAAGUCAGCUGAAAUUGACAAUUGGCUAAACAAAAUCCCAAGUGAUGCCCGCAAAUGCUUCGACCGACUUGGACUUGAUAACAGCACAAUUUUACAAACAGAAUUUUCUCAUCGGCUUUUUCGAAUCCAUUUGGAUCACUUCUUACGUCUGCUGAACAAAUUCACCAUUCGAGUACUGACGAAGUAUCAGCAACUUUUAACCGAAUCCCAAAUAACCGCGAAUUCCGCUGAGAGAAUAACACAACUUGCUCUGAAUUCAUCCCUCAAUUUCGCCUUUUGUCUUUCAUUUCUCGAUCUUCUUCACUUUGCAAUCGACUACUUUUGCAAUGCUCAACACACUAUCGCCUUAUCCCAUGGUAAAUAUUGGAAAAAUUUUGCAAUUAAGCAGUCAACCAAUCAGAGUACAAGAGCAUUGAGUACUCCAGGGCCAAAUGCGGCCGAGAUUAAUGAAUUUUGUUCCAUCAUUUUGGCAGCGCUGAAGGUCUUUUCCCGGUGUAGGGGUUUUGGAACAAAUGGAAUUGAGGAAUUAGAGCAAGACGAAUCGGACAGGAUCGAUUUUCUUCAUCAAGGUGCAUACACAAGAAUUUCUCAGCCCAUAAUUGAUACGGCGCUGGUCUGCUUGGAAACCCGGUUUAUUAAGACUACGUGA